UUCAAUGUUUCUCGUGUUCGCGUAUCUCCAUUGCACGACAGAGUCCUCGGAACGCUCCAGUGACCGGUGAACUGUGAUCUCCGGUGGACCUUUGAUUGACUGAGUUCAGCUGAUCGAUUAAAUUCAUCCAAUGGAAGCUAAAUUCUUCCGCUUUCUCAAGAUUGUUGGAGUCGGUUUCAAGGCUAGAGCAGAAUCUGAAGGUCGUCUCUUGUACCUUAAGCUGGGUUACAGCCAUGAGGUUGAAAUGACCGUGCCCCCUGCAGUUCGUGUCUUCUGUUUCAAACCCAAUGUGAUAUGCUGCACUGGGAUUGACAAGUAUAGGGUACAUCAGUUUGCUGCUUCUGUGAGGAGUUGUAAGCCUCCUGAAGUUUACAAAGGCAAAGGUAUAAUGUACAUUGAUGAAGUGAUAAAAAAGAAGCAGGGGAAGAAAUCAAAAUGAGAACCUUUAUUUGAUGGUUCUUUCUUGGGCUUGGGCUUUGUUCUCCUGAUGAUGCUGGACAAUUUCUCUUUAAGCAUCCUUCCUAUUGUAAUUUUUUCUUUAGCUGCAUGAAUCCUUUAAAAGAUAGUGGUUGAAGGUCUUCUACCAUAGUCGCAGAAGUUGCUAAACAUCUCAAUGACUAUUCCUGUAUUAGCUUUUUCACCCUUUCAACAACUAUAGAGAAGUGAUGGAUGGCGUUGAUGAAAUGUGGGUAUUUGAAUAAAUGCUCUGCCCAAAUAAUUGCUUUCUUGGAACAUUAGCGUAUGAUCUUAGGUUGCCUGAAUAUCUCAAAUGUGAAGUUUAGAAGAUUGAUUCUUGUAGGACUUGUAGAUUAAAAUGUGUAUUUGUGCUCCGUUAUAUUGAAUUGCAGGCUGUUGUCUGCUUCUUCCACAAUUUGAUUAAAUGUUCUAUGCAAAGCAUUGUUUUCAUUGUUGGA